AUGCGCCCCAGCCAGUCGUCCAGAAAGCCGCGCUGUCGCGCCAAAAACGGGCCUGCGUUCGUGUUUGUUGAUGCCCUCAAUGACCGAUCGGGACGACCACAGGAUGAGGUCUCCAGAGCCCAAAUCAGACGACAGGCUGCGCGGUCGGGGCGGAAAAGUCAGCGUUUACAGAGUGCAGGCUCCAAGGAUGGCAGUGAAGAGUUAGGGCUGGAGUCAGAGCCCGCGUUGCUCCAGGUUGUCCAAGCCCGAGACAGCCUAAUCCUCUCGACGCAGCCCUCAUUCUCCGGCUACGAGGCAUUGCGGGUAAAAUACAACUUCGACAUCACGUACCUAACCAGUUUCACAGACGUGGACCUAGGGAAAACCGCGUCGCUGUUCUUACAUGAACAGGGAGACGGACAGGCAACGCACCUCACCCGCCUCCUGCAGCAGCAGUCCUCCUCGUCAUUUCUGAGCUACCUGCCAAGUCGCUACGGGGCGAGUGCAGUUCUCGACGACGCGAUGCACUGUCUCGCCGCGCGAGCGGGUCAGAUAUUCGGGUUUAAUGUCACGGCGGGGACAAUUUCUGCGCUGUACGCUCGCGCAUUGAAGAGCUUGCAGGGCGCGCUUACUGAUACCGGGCUGUGUUUGGGCGCUGAUGUUUACUGUGCGACUCGCCUGUUGACGCUGUAUGAGUUGAUCGGUCUGCCUGAAGCGAACCACUGGGUUCUGCAUAACCGGGGAGGGAUUAAGCUGGUUGAGCUUCGAGGGCCGGAUAACCAUACGACCAGGUUUGACUGGAUGUUGUUAAAGAGCCAGGGGCCUUCCAUUCUAGUAGACGAACUAUACAGAAGGAAAACUUCCAUCUUCGAAGCCCCAGCCUGGCAGAACCUCUUCAGCCAUGCAUCCCGCAGCGAAACAGACCCAGAUAUGCGUCUAUGGUGGGAGAUCUUCGGCAGUAUCAGUUUCGUCACCGGCAUCAUGAAAAGCAUGUUCGACCUCUUCCAGAACUCAACCACAGACGGCCAUGCCUAUACACAAGAAUACUACAACCUUAAGGCCCAGACACUGGGCCGUGCACAGGAAAUCCACGAUAGAUUACAUGAGAUACACACUCGAUCCCAGCAAGCAGGUUCACCAUCACUACGCGACCUCCCCGUCACACCGGAAUCACCAGACCGCAUCAGACUCCGCGGGUUCUUUCUCUACAGCCUCAUGCAAAUAUGCCGCGCCCUGGCAACCAUAUCAGAUAGUCCCGCGUCGCGCGCAACAGCAGAAGAAGAGGCGCAGGCUCUAGCGGCACAGGCACUCCUUAUUCAGUAUGCGACGACGGACCUGGAUCCGGCGAUGUCGUGGCACUUUGGGCAGAGGAAUGCGCUUGCGGAGUCGGUUGUUGGGAGUCGGGCGGAGUGGAUUUCGGAAGACAGCUUGAAGGAUUUGAAGGAGGAUGGUGAGCGAGAACGGUUCCUUGGGGCGCGGUGGUUGGCUUGGUAUGAGUCUUGGAUUAAUCAGUAUCUUUCUGUAGCGUUGGAGAUGUAG